AUGGUUAGACAACGUUUUGUAGAGGUCUCCGGUCCCAUCCUUUUCGGUGACUCUGACGGUUUUCUAGGCCGCGCAGUCUGUCUCACUCUCGGGACCCUCGACUGCUCUUGCCUACCUGAUGACCCUGAGAAGUUGACGCAUCAUCGACAUGCCGACCCAGAGCGGACCCUGGUCCCAAUCGACGACCAGCACCUGGAUCAGCACCUUAAACACUACCCGGAUGUCAUCGACUCUGUUCGCAGCCAGGCCAUGUCGAUCCACCAACUCCUUGAUCACUAUAUCAAUGGCAAACUCAGCAUCUAUGUCAGUGCCCGUUCUCUGGAAACUCUCGAUCUUAUUCUCAAUUUCAUCCAGCCAGAGGCAAGUACUCUUCUGGAGCCUUUGACCGAAUCGGUGGCCCUUGUGUGCUGCUACGUCACCUUCUUUGAUCCUAUCCACAGAGAGAGCAGGAGAAUCCUCGAGCAUAUCACCAUUGAGUACUUUUUUUCACCUUGGAGCAAGAAGUGGAAACGUCGAGUAGAACGAGAUGUAGUCAGCAAGAAGUGA